UAUAUUUUUAUUUUGCUCUUUUCUAGGAACAUGAAUCAGAAGGAGGUCGGACUCCUUUGAUGAAAGCUGCUCGAGCGGGUCAUCUAUGUACAGUUCAAUUUUUAAUUAGCAAGGGAGCACAAGUAAAUAAACAAACAUCUAAUAAUGACCACAAUCCACUCUCGUUGGCUUGUGCUGGUGGUCAUCUUGCUGUAGUAGAACUUCUUUUGGCCCAUGGUGCAGAUCCAUCUCAUAAGCUAAAAGAUAAUUCUACUAUGCUUAUUGAGGCUGCAAAAGGGGGUCAUACAGCAGUUGUUCAAUUAUUACUAGAUUAUCCAAAUAAUAUUUUAUCUUCGCCACCGCCACCACCGGAUUUAUCACAACUAACUACAUCUGCUUUAGAAGCCACCGAGGCUCCAAGAGUUCCUCCACAUGGUUUACAGGUAUUUUCACCUCAAGAAGCUGAAAUAACUGCUUCUGCAGGAAGUCCAUAUCUUGCUACUGUACAACCUGUUCCUAGAUUACCACAACCUGUCCCACUUACUGAUAUAAAUCACUCUCAACAAACAACAAUCAAGCAGAAUAUACAGAAAUCUCUACAAAGGAAAGCUGCUUUUAUUAAAUCUAAUGAAGCCCCCUCCUCCUCAGCCAGUGAGGUUCAGGGUCAACGCCAUCAUCGCAGUAAAAGUAAUGCAGCAGCUCAGGCUAAUUCUACCAGUAUUCAAGCUGAAACUGGUGUUAUAUCUGAAAUUGAGGCAGGGGGAGGGGGCAUUGAGUCUGUUGAGUUGAAACCAAGUGAGAGACUUGAAGCAUGUAUAAAUAGUAUGAUGAAAAAAGCUGAACUCUUAAAUCCUAGUAGGGAAGAACAAAUUCUUCAAAAACAACAGAUUUUAGAAGAACUCCAACGUGUAGAGAGGGAGCUUCAAGAGAAAGCUCAAGCUCAAUUAUUACUGACUGCACAACAUCAGCAGCAUCAUCACCACCAUCAUCUACAAGGACUUGCCACUGUAGCUACAGUUACUCCUACAAUUGCAACAGUAACAAACAAUACUGCUGCUUUACCAACUAUUACUGCUGCUCAUAGUCAGCAGUUAUUACUAAAUAGUGCUACUAUUCUUGAUAUGGGAUCACUGCCAUCUACCGUAGUUCCUGAACUUUCUGGUGUAACUGGGCAUCUUGGACUUAGUCUUCGAGCAACAACAGCGGCUCAUUUGACUUCACCACCAAAUGUUUCUCCUCUUCAACCACAACAAUUAUAUCAGCCUCCUAAAGCUCUUCCGUCACAGGUUUCUACGACAGAGCCAUCAAAAAACAGAGUUAGUAAACAACCUACCAAACAAAAUAAAAGUGUUAUUUCUAAGCAGCAGCAGCAGCAGCAGCAUCAACAAAUACAGCAAACAACUCAUCUUCAGUCACCACAAAUUGGUAAUAAGACAUCUCAAGCACAUCUAGAGGAAGUGGAAAAAAUGAAUUUACGAAAUGUUGUAUUGUCAGAACAGCAGCAGCAAUUUUUACAACAUCCUCAGCAAUUUGUUUUAUCAGAACUAACUCAAAAUCUCACUUUAAGAGCUAAUAGUCAUCUUUCUGAAGGCACAACUGAUGCUCUUACAUUAAUGCAAGCUGCUGGAGGAAUUAAGUUUACAGCAGAUAAUCCUCAAGCACAUGCAAUUCCUAUUAUUGAUCCAGUUGCAGUUAGUCAAGCGUUUGCACUUCAACAGCAGCAACAACAGCAACAGCAGCAGCAACAACUUCAUUUUCAGCAACUUCCUCAAACACUUCAAAAUGAAGCAAAAAGACAGCAUAAUGAAAAAAUAUCAAAAACUCAGAAAUCAAAACUCUCAAAAUCUCAGCAGUCACAACAACUCACAGUUCAACAUAGUCAAUGUAAUUCUCAGUUAAUACAAAAUCAACCUUCUCAAACGCUACCAAAAUCUCAACUUAAUUCCACUGGUGCUGUUGAUUCUUGUACAUUAGUGGGAAAUCUUCCAAUAGAUGCUACAGGAAUGUUUACUUUAGGUGGCAUGGCUACCCCUGCUUUUCCUGUGUCCUUGGCUGUUUCUCCUGCAACUUUGACAGCUCCGGUGACUAUUGCUACUAGCUGUGCUGCAUUCACACACAGUAUUGCUCUAGAAGAAGGACUUAUGGUAGCUGCUCCUGCUCGUACACUUCAUGACACUUUAGGAGAAAUUAUGACAGGUCCAACCACUCAACUUGCUGGAACACCUCAGAUGGCAGUAGCUCAACAAGUUACAACAACUCAUUGCGUAGAUCCUUGUCUAGGAGCAGCAACUUCAGGAAUUGGUGUUGGAUUGACAAUGAAUGCUCCUCCCAGCUCUUUGCCUUUAACAUUCCAUACUUUAGCUCCGGCUGUUACUUCAUGUGUACCCGCUGCUGUUACAAAUGCCAUAGUACCACCCCAUCACCAUCCUCAAUUAAAUCAUACAGCUACUAUACAGCAAUCUACAUCUGCUCCACAAACUUUGUUUCCUCCACUUGAUUUAAAUUCACAAACUGACAGUAAUCAUGAUACAGCUUUAACCCUUGCUUGUGCUGGAGGUCAUGAAGAAUUAGUCAGUCUUUUGUUAUCUAGAGGAGCUGAUAUUGAACAUCGAGACAAGAAAGGUUUUACUCCUCUAAUGUUAGCUGCCACGGCCGGACAUGCUGGAGUUGUAGAAAUUCUUUUAAAUCAUGGUGCUGAUAUUGAAGCACAAUCUGAACGUACUAAAGAUACUGCUCUUUCUCUUGCAUGUUCUGGAGGUCGCUAUGAGGUGGUAGAGAUUUUAUUGGCUCGUGGAGCAAACAAAGAACAUCGCAAUGUUUCUGAUUACACUCCAUUAAGUCUUGCUGCAUCUGGUGGCUAUGUGAACAUAAUAAAAUUGUUACUUAGUCAUGGUGCAGAAAUCAACUCAAGAACUGGAAGUAAACUUGGGAUUUCACCACUGAUGCUUGCUGCAAUGAAUGGACACACAGCUGCAGUAAAAUUACUUCUGGAUAUGGGAAGUGACAUCAAUGCUCAGAUAGAAACUAAUAGGAAUACUGCUCUUACAUUAGCUUGUUUUCAAGGAAGGCAUGAAGUCGUCAGUCUUUUGUUAGAUCGCAAAGCAAACGUUGAGCAUAGAGCCAAAACUGGUUUAACACCCCUCAUGGAAGCUGCUUCUGGUGGUUAUGUUGAAGUUGGUAGGGUGUUGCUAGAUAAAGGUGCAGAUGUAAAUGCACCUCCUGUGCCUUCUUCUCGCGAUACAGCCUUAACAAUUGCAGCAGAUAAAGGCCAUUAUAGAUUUGUGGAAUUGUUGCUUUCUAGGAAUGCUGCAGUUGAUGUGAAAAAUAAGAAAGGAAAUUCUCCCUUAUGGCUGGCUGCUAAUGGUGGGCAUUUAGAUGUUGUGCAACUAUUAGUUAAUGAAAGAGCAGAUAUAGAUAGUCAAGAUAAUAGAAAAGUUUCAUGUUUGAUGGCUGCCUUUCGAAAAGGUCAUGUGAAAGUUGUCAAAUGGAUGGUUAAGCAUGUCACGCAAUUCCCAUCAGAUCAAGAAAUGACUCGGUAUAUUGCUACAAUUAAUGAUAAGGAAUUAUUAAAAAAAUGUCAUCAGUGUAUGGAAAUAAUAAGAGCAGCCAAAGAAAGACAAGCAGCUGAAGCAAAUAAGUAUGCGACAAUUUUGUUAGAAGAAUUAGAUUUAGAACGUUCUCGGGAAGAGACACGUCGUGCUGCUGCUGCUAGACGAAGGGAACGCAAAAGACGUAAGAAAAAAGAAAAACAAGAACAGCUAAGAGCAGCUAAAGCAGCAGCUGAAGAAAGUAAGAAGAAUGAAACCAAAGCUAAUGACCAAAAGAAAAACGCUCAGCAGAGCAGUCAGUCUGAGGCAGAGGAUGAUGAUGAUGAUGAUGACGAAGAGGAAGAUGACGAUGACGACAAAGAUUUAGAAGAUACUCUCUUAAAUUCUUCAAAUAGUUCUUGUUUUGUAAAUGAUAUAGCAUCAUGCAGGGAGAAUGAUUCACCAGAUCAUAAUGAAGUAUUAAAAUGUAGGAAUUCUAACGACGAAAAUUUGCUAAAUGAAGUUUGUUCUGUAAAAAAUAGAAAUAUGUAUUUGAAGCGUGAAUCGAGUAGAGAAGAUAUUCAAAUUAAAUCAAGAUUAAAUUUGGAAGUUAAAGCUGAAAGAAAGAGAGAUAGAGAGAGAACAAAGAAUCAGGAAAGAAAUAAAAGAAAUGAAAAUUGUAAGAGUGGAAUUAGGGAAUGCAGAAUUAUAAAAGAAAAAGAAAUAAAAGUUCACGAGAAAUCUACGCCAAGAUUAGAUUCAAAUAUUAAUAUUGCAUCUAUAAACAAUGGUAUAAAUGGGAGAAAUUCUAAGAAAAGAAAUCUGAAACAUGAUCUUCCUUCAACAAUUGUUACAACUAUUUCUACUCUUACAACUACUACAGUUUCUGUUGCUAAACCAACUUGUACAGAAAUGACUUCAGUUAUAUCAGCUGUAAUUACUUCAGAUAGUAAAACUCAGAAUAAUAAUAAUUGUAAUGUUCUAAAAGAACAAUUAAAACAUUCAAAAGAGGUUAUAGUCAAUGGUAUUAUCGGCAGUUCACCUGUAGGUGAUUUAGAUGAUUAUUGUGCUUUAUCUCCUGUACCAUCUCGAUGUUCUAAAAGUGGAAAAAUUAAUUUAAAUGAUUCAAAAUUUUCUGGUCUGGAAGCUUUAGGAGAUUUAGCUUUAGAACUUAGUCCAGAAGUGGCAUUAUCUGCUGGCUUGAGAAGUCCUACAACAAUUGGUUUACCUCAUUCUUUAAAGUCACCUUUAGCAAACAGUACUUCACCAAAAAAGGGUCAAAAAAGGGAAGAAGGUUGGAAAGAAGUUGUACGCAGAUCAAAAAAGGUUUCUGUGCCUUCAAAUGCUAUUAGUCGUGUUAUAGGAAGAGGGGGAUGUAACAUUAAUGCAAUUCGAGAAGUAUCUGGUGCUCAUAUAGAAGUGGAAAAGCAAAAAGGACAGGGUGAUCGAACCAUCAUAAUAAGGGGGUCAGCGGAAGCUACAAGGCAAGCCCAUCAGCUGAUAACGUCAUUGAUAAAAGAACCAGAACGUGAAUUAAGUGAAAUUCUAACUCGAGCAGGAUUAUGCAGGGUUCCUACUGGACUUGGAAGUGGAACGGUAGAGGGAACAAGAUCUGCUGCUGGCAGCAGUUGCAGCAAUACAACUGUCACUAGCACUGUACAGGUUACUAAUGGAGUCCCAAUGACAACUGCAAAUCAAAAUAAAGUACCUUCUCGACAAACAUCUGUAACAAAAAUAUCUGGAAUAGUAUCUGUCAAUUUGUCAAAAGUUAAUACGAUACCUCCUAGUUUACCAGCUAAUGCUGCCCCUCCAUUUGCUUCUCAACCACGGACGGCCAUUAAUAGUACCAAUAUUCGUCCCAGCAUUUCGGUUGGUACGCCUUUUCCGACCAAUUCUCAAAAUGUCUGGACGGGAGUCGUUCUGACUGGAAAAGCUCCAUUGACGGUUGCUCCUCGGUCGUCUGCUCUUGGAGGAAAUAAUACAAUAACACUGUUAUCCACAAGUAAUAUAAACAAUUCUAAUGUAAAUGAAAAGACACUUGUAAGUCGUCAGCUAUUUCCUUCAGAGAAAAAAGUUACCAAUGUUCAAACUGGAACUACCACCACGACUAAAACCACCGUGUCUUACACCAUGGCUGUUAUUGCCCAAGGCAGAACUACAAAAACUGUUCCAGCUAGUGCAGUCACGGUGACUACUAAGAUAACUCUUGCAUCAGAUGUAAAAAUAAGUUCUAGUAAUGGAAAUUUUCAAUCAGAUUGGUCAGGUGGUACUUCAUCUUCUGCUACUACAACUAGCACUGUUGUUUCAUCUGGUCAAGGAACAAUUCCAACUCCAUCUCCUUUUCCUAAUAAUACUUCAAAUAAUAGAUUAGUUAAUGGUCCUACUGGAAAUCAGACAAUGCAAGAAGCUGGUGGUAAUGAGGUAUUGGGAAUUAAUCAGAAGCAGCCUUUUAUUCCAAGUAGUACAACACAUCAGAAUCCUCCAUCUUUGUCGCCAACUAGCAAUACAAAUAAUUCAGAUCUUCUUCAAUCUACUAUUGCCCAAGAAUAUUCUCCUUUCAAUAAUUUGUUUAGUAAAGUAGCUCAGCCAAGUGUAUGGGGACAGAAAGAUAGAGAAAUGGCUAAACCAAAUUUUGCUAGUGUUGCUGCAGCAGGUGUCACGUCAGUCUCUUCCCAUGUACAGAAUUCGCAUCCCAUUCAAAGUUCUCUCUCUCUUUCACUAUCUAAUAGCACUAUAGUUGAUGCAGCAAAGGCACCAGGCUAUAGAGGUAAUUUGCAUAUUUCACCAAAUGCUUCCUGUAAUCCCACUGCAUCUACAUUAGCACAUACAAUAUCUCAUAAUUCUGGUUUUGGUGCCAUUGGUACUGGUCCACGUAGUGCUCCUUGUACUCCUCCUCUUGGACCAAUUGGCCCACCGUCUUCGACAGGCUCCAGUAAUACUAGACGUUCUACUCCACCAUCAGUACCGAGUCCUCCACCUUUACACUCCAGAUCCUUACCAGAUUCUCAUGGUUUCCCUGUAACUGAGGUACCACGAAUUGUAUCAAGUUCGGGACAGGUGACGUCAUCUCAUUCAGUAUCUCAUAGUUUGUCAGUUUCUCAGAUGUCAGAGGGUCUCUUCCAACAUCAUCCUCACCACCAUCAUCAUGCUAUGCAAAAUAUAUCAGGCUUGACAGGAGCUGUUCGUCUUCCCACUUUUCCAUUGCCUUCUGGAAAUGGGGGCAGUGGAUUUUCUGGUCCUGGAGGUUCUCAUACAAAUACUACUUUUAGUCAGCAUAGUCCUCUGUCAUCAGUAGGACCUAUCAUUCAGGACACAAGUUCUAAUAAUGGAAACAUUUCAAAUAACAAUUCAAAUUUGCAGGUGCUUCAAAGCACUCUUAAUCCAAACGCUCCAGACUUCUCUAGUCGUGCCUCGCUUCUUAUGGCUCAUCAUGGUCCAUCCAUGCAUCCUAUACCACAUCGUCUGCCUUCAGGUCCAAAUACCUUUCAAGAUGGCCCGGCUCCAUCUCUUGCCCAAUUCCGCCCCAUUCUGCCAUCAGCAGCCAAUAUGAAUCACACAUUCCCUUCUCUUCACGGUAUGCCCACCGCUCAUCCUCCAGGAAUGGGACGAUUUCCUUUCCAUCCCAGUCAUAAUCAACAGCAACAGCCCCAGCAGCAACCUAGUGAUUUUAACAACCAGCCACAGUCUGGUCCAGUAGGUUCUUUACCUCCAGGAAUGGGAGGACCUGGUCUUCAAGCAAAUGAAGGUAUGCCACUCUUAGGGAUGAUGGGAGGCUAUCCACCUCAUCCUGCCCAAGGAUUAUCUCAUGUUGGUCCAGGUGGCAGUAAUCUUCCACAUCAUUAUCCUGCUAUACCUUCCAUGAUGGGAAUAAGGCCAAAUCAACGAUCAUCUAGCACAACGCCAUCAGUGGGAGCUUCAUCAAAAGUAGACGAGGGAUCUCCGAUGUCUACAAUGUCUCCCACUGCUUCUCCUCAGGGUAGCAAUUUAUCUUCACCCACAGGCAUGAAUAUGACUAGUGGAGAAGACAGAAAAUUACCUAGGCCUAUUGGAAUGGAAAGAGCACAAAGAAAACAUCCUGUUUACAGCGGUGUAUCUGACAUUAGUGCUAUAUGGUCAUAUAAUUCUACGGAUAUGGGCUGUGCGGGUGAAUGGAUGACAAAUUUGUCAAACAGCAUGGUUCACUCUUCGCCUCUUCCACCACAGGAAGACCUUAUGCCACCUCUACUUCCAAAUAAUUAUGGAAAUAAUCGAUUUGGUGAUAAUAUUUUAGUUUCUGAUUCUAAUCAUCCACUGGAUCAUUCUUUCCAGCUCGCAUCUGCAGCGGCCUCGGGUAGUGGAUAUCCACAUUUUGUCAACGGCCUACCACCACAUGUGUUGACUCCUCAUCUCUACCAAAAUAAUAGUAAUAACGGGCCCGCUUCUCUGCGGCCUACGGGACUAGAGAGCAAUGUCGAAAUGUGGGGAGGUCCCAAUAAAAUGCCCCUUUCCUCUGUCGGAGACGGUCUCCCCUCUGCACCAGAACAUAAGAUGGCCUGGAAUAAUUGGAGUCAGCAUCAAGCAUGAUGAUCAGCCUUUCCUAUUCCCCUCACUUAUCGACCACGGUCUAUAGAAGAACAGGACACGACUUUUAAAAUGGGAUAUCGCAUCGGCUUUGGCACCAGACCAAAAAAAGACUUUAUUAACAUUUAAUCGUAAGAGACAAUUUGGGGUUUGGUGGGAGAGAGACUUUAAUGCACGAAACCACCUUCGAAGGAAUUAGCUGUCGACGAACAGUUUAAGGUCGAUCGAAUUCGGGUUAUUAUCACAAAUUGCAGUGUAAUUGAGGACUUCAUGUAUCAGUAAAAGUUUCUGUGAGCAUUUGUGUUUUCAUUUUUAGAUUAAAAAAAACAAUUAUUUUAUAAAAGAAAAAAAAAAGUAUAACA